GUGUCAUUCAGCCCCGCCCUGGCUGAGGUGAUGAACACACGAGCCCUGAGGCGCUGCACGGAGGAGCGCCCACCAGCGGCGUCCAUCCCACACAGCAGCGUGGCGGAGCAUGCAGGGCUGGCGGCAGCAGUGGAGGCAGCAGCAGCAGAGGCGCGCAGCAAGGGGUGGGUUCUGGGGGAGGGCGACCUGAAGGCGCUCUUUCCCCCCGGCACCACCUUCUUGCCGCUCCCUGCGUUCGCUAGUGCUGGUGGCGCUACUGCUGCCCCUGGAGAGGGGAGGGCAGGCAGGAGUGUGCAUUCUGAGUUCCCCAUCUUCCCGGAAUCGCUCGAGAGUGCACGGGAGCGCUUCACGCAGGCCUUUGAUGACGUGGCAGCGCUCUUCCCCAGCGACAACAUCCUCUGCGUGACACAUGGCGACGCUGUAGCGGCCAGCGUGGAACGCUUAGCGCCCGUCACCGUCGUCGCUGUCGAUUUCUGCGGCUACUCCUGGUCGCAGCGCCGUGCUGCACCGCUCUACACCCAUCCCAGCCGCCUCCACCAUGAUUCUCACCACUCGCACCACCAUGCCUCCCUGCCGCCACUGCCCCCGCCACCGCCCCCGCCCCCCACUCCUGCGAACGAGCCUGAGAGUCUUGAUGGUGAGGAAGGGGUGGGGGGAUCCAGACAAACUGUGUCAGCCAGUUUUGCCGCAGCUGUAGUAGCAGCAGGUUCGGAGACCGAGGCUGCUGCUGUGGCGGCGGCGGCUGUAGCGGCUGUAGCAGGGCUACAGAUUAGCAGACGAGGUGGGCUGGGUGGUGUGGUGGAAGAGGGGGAAGAGGAGGUGGAAGGGGAGGAAGGUGGGGACGGUUCGGACGGCAGGAGUGGGGGAAAGCAGGGGGCGUUGAGUGACAGUGUGGUGAUUGUAGGGGGGUCGACGGCUUCUGAUAUAAGCACGCACGAGAGUGAGGACGAUGAUAAGGACACAGUAAACAGCAGCAUUGACGUGGGGCCUUCGCUCUCCGAGGUGGCUGAAGGGGAUGAGGAGGGGGAGGAGAGGGGGGCGGGGGAGGAGGGAGAGGAGGUGGGGAGUGAGAGCGGGCAGGAGGGGUUGGGAGGGAGAGGGAGAGGGGAGGCGAGGAGGGGGGGAGGGAUGGAGGUGGGGGAGUGGGAGCUGCUGACGAGUUCCGGGUCCACUGGAGUGUGCUGGAUCUCCAACAUCGCUCUUGCUGCAAGGGAUGAUGAAACACCCACCAAGGGGCUGGCUUCCUAG